AAACUAAGCUCAGCUCCAAUAACGUGCGCACGUGCUAAGCGAAGCGCCAAUGCGUUGAUUGUCAGCAGGCACAUCUGCAACCUCCGCCCAGUCUGCCCGCUCUGCAAUGACACCGAGACGCAUUACUGAAACAAAACCUGGGGAUUGGACAUACGUUUCUGAGGGCGGGGCGACGAUUGUAUUCUCUUAUCGAGGACCUUACAAUGUCCAGUUCUCUGGUCACGUACUACGUCUUCGCAAAGUCGUUCACAGAUCAUCAGAUGCAUCGAACAACAAGCUGCUCAAUACCAACACUGAGCAACCAGACGACUCGAUGAUCGCCUUCCAAGAGAACAUCAUCUCAAAACUCGUCCCGUCCGAGUUUCUGCCGAGUCUUGAUGUAGUGUUACUUGAUGAAGAGUGGCUCAGAUCGUUUGUUGAGCUACACGAUGGCGAUCGUCCAGCAGAGAGAAGGCAGACGGAUCAGAUUGAUGUUCACAGGAAAAAGGGUGUUUUAGCCACCGAUCUCAUUGGAGGCACACAGAUUGCGAUGGAAAUCAAGCCGAAAUGGGGAUUUUUACCUCUGGAAUGCCAUCUCUCGCCUGAGACUGUCGCUCUGAAGAGAGUAACAUGCAGAUUUUGCAUGCACACGUGCUUCAGAGUGAAGCAAGGGGACGUUUGCACGACCUAUUGUCCCCUAGACCUUUUUUCUCGCGACGAGAGUCGCGUUAGGAAAGCCCUACGUGCCUUGUGGGCUGGAUGGUAUGAGAGCGGCGGGUCUCUCAAUAACCUACGGUUCUUCGUCAGUGGCAGAAUGGCAAAACCAGAUGAUGACGACUCUAUGAAGAUUUUGGCACACUUCUUCUCGGAGGACGAAUCGACUGACACCGAGAAUCUCCAGGAGUCAUUCGCAUCCUCUCUUAUGCAGGCGCUAGUUGACAGUCCCGUUCUUCUCCUGCUGUCGACUUUGCAACGAACAUUGGAUAUCCUCGACGUAGAAGGCUUAUCCAAGUUGUACACACAAUCAUCACCAGAUUUACCUGGUGAUGGUCUCGGAUCUUCUAUUCCUGAUCCUUCCAUGGAGGAAUGGGAGGACUUCGUGAGAGUCUACACUUCUGAUUAUCAUUCCUGGGACCACGCGGCUCCCAGUCCUGGGCACCUCAGGCAUUAUCUCAUGGCCUAUCUUCUUUCGGCGACGUUUAAGGAUUGCUCCAUUAUUAUCCGGCCCAGACUACAGAUCCCGUCUACGACACAGGUUGGUCCCGCACGGUCAUUUGAUACCACCAUCAUCGACAUGGAUAUGAAGAGCAUGGAUCGCUUAGGGAAGUGGGAAAAGUUAGACAGACGAAUUGCAGAACAUUACAAGAAUUCAGGCAACCAACGUCGUUGCAUCGACAGUACUUAGUUAAUAAUAAGAGUGCUUUCCACUUCUUUCACGUGACACAUGUCAUAUUAUUAGUCCUUUAUGUAAAGUUAUAGACGCGCGAAAGCAGUGGUAUGUUUCGAC